CUUUUUUUUUUUUUUGCGGGCGGCUUAAAUAGGAGCGGCCGGGCGCUCCCGCUGCAGAGUAGCUGGCUGCGGUGAGAAAGGCCUGGAGGCGAGAAGAAAGCAGAUUUCCGCUGUUCCCAAUGUUGCAAGAGACUGCAAUGCAAGCUCAUGAACUGUUCAGGCAUCUGCGAAUGCCAGAACUUGGUGAUGUCAGACAGUACAUGCGUACCCUUCCAACAAACACGUUGAUGGGAUUUGGUGCUUUUGCAGCACUUACAACUUACUGGUAUGCCACAAGACCUAAAGCUCUGAAACCACCAUGUGACCUAGCCAUGCAGUCUGUGGAAGUGGAGUCAGAGGACAGUGAACAUGCCCGGAGAUCUUCAUUACUUGAUAGUGACGAGCCAAUGGAAUGCUACUAUGAUGAUGUGAAAACAGCCUAUGAUAUUUUCCAAAGGGGAUUACAUGUGUCAAACAAUGGUCCCUGUUUGGGUGUAAGAAAACCAAAUCAGCCGUAUGAAUGGAUCUCAUACAAAGAGGUUGUAGAGAGAGCAGAAUGUGUUGGCUCAGCACUUCUCAACAGAGGCUUCAGACCAUCUCCUGAUCAGUUCAUAGGAAUCUUUUCACAGAACCGGCCUGAGUGGGUUAUCAUUGAACAAGGAUGUUACACUUACUCCAUGGUGGCUGUACCCCUCUACGACACACUGGGGACUGAAGCGAUCACCUAUAUUGUAAACAAAGCUGACAUAGCACUAGUUUUUUGUGACAAAGGUGAAAAGGCAAAACUUCUGCUGGAUAGCACAGAGAAGGGUGACAUGUCAGUCCUCAAAACCAUUGUGAUUAUGGAUGCCUUUGACAGUGAUCUUGUGGCUCGUGGAAAGAAGUGUGGAGUGGAUAUCAUUAGCAUGAAAGACUUUGAGGCAUCGGGAAAAUUCCACAGACACAAACCCGUACUUCCCAAACCAGAAGAUCUAGCCAUAAUCUGUUUCACCAGCGGAACCACAGGGAACCCCAAGGGAGCUAUGAUCACUCACCGAAACAUAGUGAGCAACAUGUCUGCAUUUGUGAAGGCUACAGAGAGUGGCUAUGUAGUGACUCCCAGCGACACACACAUUUCCUUUUUGCCUCUUGCCCAUAUGUUUGAAAGAAUAGUCCAGUGUGUAAUUCUCUGCCAUGGAGCUCGGAUAGGAUUUUUCCAGGGAGACAUCAGGCUACUUAUGGAUGACCUUAAAACUUUACAGCCUACAGUGUUUCCUGUUGUGCCAAGGCUUUUGAACAGAAUGUUUGACAAAAUUUUUGGACAAGCAAAUACUUCACUUAAGCGGUGGAUACUGGAUUUCGCUUCCAAGAGGAAAGAAGCAGAACUUAGAAGUGGCAUCAUUAGAAAUAAUAGCCUGUGGGAUAAAGUGAUCUUCCGCAAAAUACAGGCAAACCUUGGAGGAAAAGUAAGAUUAAUGAUUACAGGGGCAGCUCCUGUAUCUGCAAAUGUACUGACUUUCCUAAGAGCAGCUCUUGGUUGUCAGUUCUACGAAGGCUAUGGACAGACGGAAUGCACUGCUGGGUGUUCUUUAACUGUGCCUGGUGACUGGACUGCUGGCCAUGUUGGUGCCCCAAUGCCAUGCAAUAUUAUAAAGCUUGUUGAUGUGGAGGACAUGAACUAUUUUGCUGCCAAAGGAGAAGGUGAGGUGUGUGUGAAAGGGCCAAACGUAUUCCGAGGCUAUCUGAAGGAUCCAGAAAAGACUGCAGAAGUUCUUGACAAAAAUGGAUGGGUACACACUGGAGAUAUUGGGAAAUGGUUACCUAAUGGUACCCUGAAGAUAAUUGACAGGAAAAAACAUAUAUUCAAACUUGCUCAGGGAGAGUAUAUUGCACCAGAAAAAAUAGAAAAUGUUUAUGCCAGGAGUGAACCUGUUGCUCAGAUCUUUGUUCAUGGGGAAAGCUUGCAGGGUUUUCUAAUAGCAAUUGUGGUGCCAGAUCCAGAAGUUUUAUCCAGCUGGGCCAAGAAAAGAGGACUUGGAGGCUCCUAUGAUGAACUAUGCAAAAACAAAGAUAUCAAGAAACACAUUCUAGAAGACAUGUUGAGAGUUGGGAAAGAGUUUGGCUUGAAGUCAUUUGAACAGGUUAAAGCCAUUACCCUUCACUCUGAAAUGUUCUCUAUUGAGAAUGGCCUAUUAACGCCAACAUUGAAGGCAAAGAGACCUGAGCUGCGCAAAUACUUCAAAUCCCAGAUAGAAGAACUCUAUUCGAAUAUCCAGAUGUAAACUGAAGCAAAACUGUUGGAGAGAACAGCAUUUGCUGUUUGACCUUCAUAUCUGUAAAUUAACUGCAGCAAACAUAGCAAAGGAAACUGUGCAAUCAUUAACUUUUUACGCAAAAGGGUACUCGACAUAGGAAUCCUGGAGAAAAAUGGAACACUGCCUUACUGUCCACUGGUGUUGCAGACCAUUUUUUAUAUGGUGACAUACAACUUCCUCAAUGAGCCUUAAACUGUAAAUGCUAUCUGUAUGUGAUUUGUAAGUUAUUUAAGACUUUCUCAGCCAAAAAAAAGUGACUUGCCAAGGCAUGUUAAAGGGAUGUGUGUUGCUAGCACAUGUAUUGUCUUUAGUAUAUUGUACAUCUGAUGAAUUUCCUAAAGGUUUGGCAUUUGAAGGCUUUUCAGGGCAACACAAGAAGGGAGCACUGAGAACACAAGGCGUUUUGCUUGCUUAUGUUUGCUCAGAACUUGGGCAGGCUCCCUGCUGACUAGCUGGAAGCUUUAUUUGGUUCCUGGGCAUUGAAAUGCAUCCUGACACAUGAUUAUCAGAUAGUGUAGAGAACUAGCUUGUGCAUCUUUGAUCUUCUGCUCUGAAAGUCUAGAUGAAAACUACCAGUGCAACACGAGGAAACUUCUUCAGGACCUCCAAAGAUGGAUUGUGGCAACAGCAUGCUGGAGAAUGAGGUUGAGGGGGGUGGCAGUGAUCUGGGGCUAGUGAUCUCUCUCUGUCUUUGCCAGCCACUAGAUUGCUUCCGCAGAGCAGGCUAAACCUUGAUCAUUUUAACAUGCUGGUCUUUGUACAAAGCUUCUGUCUUAUAUCCACUGAACGUAAAAGAGGAUGGAGGGAGUAAAAAGUAACUGAGGAACUUCAUUGAAAUGAAUGUAAUCAAAAUUAAUCUUGGAUCAACUAGGUGUAAAGAACAAGAAAAGCCAACAGAAGGGAAUAGGAUGUGGGUUAAUACGGGACAGCACUGGGGAUGUGGGGCGGGGGGAGAAGACUUCACUACCAAGUGUGUACAUCUGUUUGGAGGAGAAUGGAAUUGAGAUGCCUUGUAAUAAUCCAAGCUUAGAUUUUGUUUUCCAUACAGCAGUCAUUAAUUUCUGUUAAAUGUAUGUACAAGCACAACAAAAAGUUUGCACUAAAAAUUGUGUGAUUGUAAUGCACUACCCUGCGGCAUAAUUUCAUUACACGUAUACCCAAAUUGUACACCAGUAUCCAAGCCAAUACUCCUAGAGUAUUCUGUCAUUUGUUACAUUGGAGUUGAAAUGUUUGCUUAGUGUUGGCUAUUUCUAUAUUUUAUAAAACCAAAAUUUCCAAAAACCAAUGAAGGAAACCAAAAUAAAUAUUUCUGCAUUUAA